AAUUUGACAGAUGUACCUCCACCGCGCUCGUGUUGUGUUUUCAUCGCAUAUUUUUCGAAAUCAUUUGCUUUCGCGAGAGAUUCUGAAGAAGUCGAGUUCUUGUAAACGGGCCUCCAAUUUUAAUACUACCCCCAGCACAUAGAUAUUCCGGAAUCCGUUAAACAUUUCUAGAUUUAUUAGCUAAAUAAAGAUGACGCUGGGAACCUACAACAGACAUCAAGCUCAGAGGAAGAAGGAGGCAGCGUUGGCAGCCGCGUUUCCUCAAGGUAUUCGAUGCCAGAAAUGCUUGGAGUACGGCCAUUGGAGCUAUGAGUGCAAGAAUAAGCGCAAGAUUCUUGUGAGGCCGUCUCGCACACAGGUCAUGAAGAAAAACCUAAAGGCUAAGGAACAAGGCCAGUGCAGCAAAGGCGACAAGAAGUGUAAGUUGUCAGCUAAGAAGAAGCCACGUAAAUCAGAUGACUGCUCCGACUGUUCCUCGAGCUCCAGUUCAUCAUCUUCAGAGUCAUCGUCCGGCAGUGACAGCUCCUCCGACAGCGACAGUGAAGACAGCAGCAGUUGCUCCGACAGUGGGUCUGAAUCGUGUAGCGACUGUUAAGUUUUAAUUACAACGGUAAGUAUUGUGCUAACAACACUAUCUAUAAAUCGGCAAAUGGAAGUUAUGGAAGUUAACGGUUCAAAACCUGUAUCACAAAAUUUUGUAGAGUUGGAUUUAAGUUGUAGAUAGUGUUUUUGGCAUCACCUAAGAUAAAUGUUCUCAAUUUUAAUUUGUGUAUUUUUCUAUUUGGAUUUUUUAAUUUAUGAACUUGUACAAAGUAAUGUCCAUAGGUUUGUUUUUAUAAUGCUGGUCAUUUUAAUGUAUAGUACAUAAUAUUUGAAAACAUUUAGGACCUAUAGGCAGUACUUAGGGUUUAGAAACCUAUGAUUUGAUUGAUGUGGUCUAGUCUUUAUGUUUUUCACCAACAAAUGAUUGAAAUAUGUGCCCCCUAAAUGUUGUUUUAAAGAAUAAAAACUUGAGGGUAAAUUGAUAAUUUUAUUUUAGUAACUGUAGGAGUAGAGCUGACCUGUUUCUUGUACAUUUUAUUAUUAUAAUAAGUUAAAUAAAAUUGUAGACCUGUAAUGUAGAUGAUCUAGGAAACAAGAGAUUUAAACCAGAUAAAACAAGGUAGAAUUAAAUGUUAUUUAACUAUGAUACUUGAAUGAUUUCGUGGAAUAAAUAUCGUAAUGAAACUA